AUGUUAUUACACAAUAGUCAGAAAGCAUUCCUAUGCGUACGAGAAUUGAACAGCAUGUCGGCAUACACCUUGCUAACAGCGCCCCGAUAUCGCCGACUGUGCUGUAUAACGUGUACGAGUACUCUGGUGUUUUCGUUAUUCGCCGCCAUUGUGGCCGUCUCGUAUUUCGACCAGCAGCACAACAAUAUCAUCCAUGAGUAUGUGGCCAGAAAUGAUGACAUUGCUAUUCUCUCUGCCACCUUCUACAAUCGUUCACGAAGCUAUAGUAGUUACAGUUUCGAAAACAACACGGUGAUAUUGUUGCUGAACGCCCAUCAGGUACUACAUCUGAAGCACUCCGAACUUCACGGUAUAUCGACAAACGCCUCCGGAUCGCUAAAAACAUCCUUCAGGAUCUACCCAGUGGUGCAGCAGAUUCCAUUCUACUGUAAAUGGGUGCCGUUCAUCGCCGUGGGUCAAGUCAGCGAGGGAAUGACAUCGCUACAGUUGACAAGUGGAGAGAAAGGAAUGACAAUCCCAGUUCGAUAUCCUUAUUCCGGGCGAAACGAUGUUGUGGCGUGCUUUUCGCCCCUGUUUUUAAACGAACGAUGGCAACUUCUUCUUUUAACAGCUGAGGUAGCAUCGAUCAAUACGCAUCCAUUACAUGUAUGUAAAGGAAGCACCACUUAUUUUCAGGUCUACAGCCACUAUGGAGCGGCCAUGCACUUCUAUGUCCGGUCAAUGAUCACAGAUCUGUUCGUGAUUAUGACCCGAUACCCAAAUGCAAGGGUUCAGCCGUGGCCAGCUAUUCGACUCGGAUCAAAGAGAGCAAAUUCAAAUGACUUUGAUCCCAACAUCGAGCUGGAAUUCAGAAAUCAAGCCGCUGCCAUGACAGACUGUCUACUUCUAUAUAAGGAAUCCGCCAAGUACAUCAUCUUCCCUGACACCGACGAUGUCAUUAUCCCUCGCCUUGGAAGAACAUACCUUGAAGAAUUCGAUCGG